AAUCUUUCAACUUCUCAUUCUUCCACAUUCCCUUCACUUUACUCACAAGCAAUUUCACAUUUCCAAUUUUCCAACAAACACUUUUUUUUCACAUAAAUCUUCAAAAUCAAACCCACAACACUUCAUAUCCAAAACACACACUUUUUUUCUUCUAUCCAAAAUCCAAAACCAUGAGAUCCAAAACUCAACUCUCAUGCAACCUCAAACUAGUUCUCAUCUCUUUCAUAUUCAUCUUUUUCUUCAUCAUGUUAUUCAAAUCAUCACUAUUCUCAUUCUCUCAACCACUCAUGACCACAACCUCAAAAACCAACAACAACCUCUCAAUAACCUCAUCAUCACAACAAGAAACAGACAAAACAACCAAAUUACCAGAAUGCCCCUCUCUUCCUAUCUCUCCAACAUGCACAAAAAACCCUCCAUCAUUAGUCAAUGCAAUAAUCCACUAUGCAACAACAAACAUAACUCCUCAACAAACAAUUCAAGAGAUUUCGGUCUCAUCGAAAAUUCUACAAAAGAAAUCACCAUGCAACUUCUUAGUAUUCGGUUUAGGCCACGAUAGUUUAAUGUGGACGUCAUUAAACUACGGUGGCCGAACCGUUUUCUUAGAAGAAGAUAAGUCAUGGAUAGAACAAAUCCAAACAAAGAUAUCCGGUUUGGAAUCAUACCAUGUUGUGUAUGAUACAAAAGUUCAUCAAAGUGAUGAACUAAUGAGAAUUGGAAUGGAAGACAAUUGUAAAGAAGUUAGUGAUCCAAGACAUUCAAAAUGUGAAUUGUCACAUAAAGGUUUUCCUAGUGAAAUAUAUGAAGUUGAAUGGGAUGUGAUCAUGGUGGACGCGCCGACGGGCUACUUCGACGGCGCGCCGGGGAGGAUGAGUGCCAUUUAUACGGCGGGUUUGAUUGCUAGGAACAAAGAAAAUGGUGAAACGGAUGUGUUUGUGCAUGAUGUUGAUAGAAAAGUUGAAGAUGAGUUUUCUAAGGCUUUUCUUUGUGAAGGUUAUUUGAGGGAACAAGAAGGAAGGAUUAGGCAUUUCAAUAUUCCAAGUCAUAGGGCUCGUUUGGGUAGACCAUUUUGUCCAUGAAAAAAUUGAUUUUUGAGAUCAGUUUUUUUUUUACUAUGAUCUUUUUAAAUAUUCAUUCUACUAUAGUUUGAAGAUUAUUACCAUGGAUUCUUUAUAUUUUUCAUGUUAUUAUGGAUGAAUGGAAUAAUAGAUGUUAUAGUGAAUUGAUUUAA